AUGGGGGUCUGGGGGUGGGUGCUGGUGCUGCUGGCGCUGGGGGCCGGGGGCCCGGGGGCAGCCGGGGAGGGCCUGGACUUCCCCACCUACGACGGGCUGGACCGGGUGCUGCCCGUCACCCUGAAGAACUACAAGGCGAUGCUGAAGCGGUUCCCGGUGCUGGCCCUGCUCCAUCACCGCCCCGGCCGGGGCGACCGGGGGGCCCAGCGCCACCGCGAGAUGGAGGAGCUGGUCCUGGAGCUGGCAGCUCAGGUGCUGGAGCACAAGGGAGUGGGCUUCGGCCUCGUCGACUCCGAGAAGGACGCGGUUGUCGCCAAAAAGCUGGGCCUGACGGAGGAGGACAGCAUCUACGUGUUCAAGGAGGACGAGGUGAUCGAGUACGACGGGGAGCUGGCAGCGGACACGCUGGUGGAGUUCCUGCUGGAUGUGCUGGAGGACCCAGUGGAGUUUAUUGAGGGCGACCACGAGCUCCAGGCCUUCGAGAACAUCGAGGAUGACCCCAAACUCAUUGGCUACUUCAAGAACAAGGACUCAGAGCACUUCAAGGCCUUUGAGGAAGCGGCGGAGGAGUUUCACCCCUACAUCCCCUUCUUCGCCACCUUUGACAGCAAGGCGGCCAAGAAGCUCACCCUGAAGCUGAAUGAGGUCGACUUCUACGAGCCCUUCAUGGAGGAGCCACUGACCAUCCCCGACCGGCCCAACAGCAAGGAGGAGAUCGUGGCCUUCGUAGAGGAGCACAAGCGGGCCACUCUGAGGAAACUCAAACCCGAGAGCAUGUACGAGACCUGGGAGGAUGACAUGGAUGGAAUCCACAUCGUGGCCUUCGCAGAGGAGGAUGAUCCGGACGGGUUCGAGUUCCUGGAGAUCCUGAAGGACGUGGCCCGGGACAACACGGACAACCCCGACCUCAGCAUCCUCUGGAUCGACCCCGAGGAUUUCCCACUGCUCAUCCCCUACUGGGAGAAAACCUUCAACAUCGACCUGUCCCGGCCCCAGAUCGGGGUGGUCAACGUCACCGACGCUGACAGCGUGUGGCUGGAGAUGGCGGACGAGGACGACCUGCCCGGCCCGGCGGAGCUGGAGGAGUGGAUCGAGGACGUGCUGGCGGGAGACAUCAACACCGAGGACGACGACGACGAUGAUGACGAUGAUGAUGAUGAUGACGAUGACGACUAG